UAAAAAGAAAAGGUGCGACAGCGAGAAAGGUAAGAAAAAGGAGAGGAGAGGGGCAGGCGGUCGGCGGCUCGGCGCACAGAAUUUGAAAGGGGAAGGUCGAGGAGGAGGCAGAAGGGAAUCUGCUGGGUUUUGUCCUCGCCGUCGCCGCCUCACAGUCUCCACUGUCCAGCUACCACCGCCGUCUCAACAAUUGUCAGGGGUGUACAGCUGCCGCCGCCGCCAUUGUGGAGCAAAGCUUCACCAUUGUCGGGGAACGGGCUGAGAGAAGAUAUCCGAAGGAGAGGAAGGAAUCGGGAGAUCGAGGCCUCGAUUGUAAUCUACCGCUGAAAUCAUCUCCUCAUUACCGGUCCACCGUUACUGCUGCCUUCUCGUGAUUGUCCUUGCGGAACUGCCAGACCGUCCACUCCCGUUUGGAACCAGAAGAGGCCAAGUGAAGUUGCUGAGCUUCUUCCACUAAAGAAAAGGAACGGGAAGUUGUCGAGCUUCAAACCUGGCUGAAGUCGGAGAUGCUGCCUCUGGUUUUGCCCCAGGUUCUCAAGGUUUAGUUCACGGUGACAACUUUGGUGGGAAAAGAAUGAGGAAGCUUACACAGAGACGAGCGGUUGAUUACACAAGUACCGCUGUCCGGUAUAUGCAGACCCAGAUGUGGCAGCGGGAUUGUAGGGAUAGGACAGGAUUGCAAUCUACCCCUGCAGCAGCAAUUGAUAUGUUACCAACAGUUGCAUAUUCUGAUAAUCCAUCAACAAGCUUCACUGCAAAGUUUGUUCAUACAUCUCUUAACAAGAACCGCUGUUCUAUCAAUUGCGUUUUGUGGACUCCUAAUGGCAGACGUCUCAUUACCGGAUCUCAAAGUGGGGAGUUCACUCUGUGGAACGGACAAUCAUUCAACUUUGAAAUGAUACUCCAGGCCCAUGACCAAGCAAUCAGGUCUAUGGUAUGGAGUCACAACGACAACUGGAUGGUCUCUGGUGACGAUGGAGGGGCCAUUAAGUAUUGGCAAAGCAAUAUGAAUAAUGUAAAGGCUAACAAAUCCGCUCAUAAGGAAUCAGUUCGUGACUUAAGUUUCUGUAGGACCGAUUUGAAGUUCUGUUCUUGCUCUGACGAUACCACUGUUAAAGUGUGGGACUUUGCUCGGUGCCAAGAAGAGCGAUCAUUAACUGGCCAUGGUUGGGAUGUGAAGAGUGUUGAUUGGCACCCUACAAAAUCCUUGCUAGUUUCAGGUGGGAAAGACAAUCUUGUAAAGCUUUGGGAUGCUAAAAGUGGGAAAGAGCUUAGUUCAUUUCAUGGUCACAAAAAUACAGUACUUUGUGUGAAGUGGAACCAAAACGGGAACUGGGUGCUAACUGCUGGAAAGGAUCAAAUUAUCAAGCUUUAUGAUAUAAGAGCUAUGAAGGAGCUGGAAUCUUUCCGUGGACAUAGGAAAGAUGUGACUGCAUUGGCAUGGCACCCAUUCCAUGAAGAGUACUUUGUCAGCGGGAGCUUUGAUGGUUCUAUGUUCCACUGGCUUGUCGGACAUGAGACCCCACAGAUUGAAGUUCCUACAGCUCAUGAUAAUAGUGUAUGGGACCUUGCAUGGCAUCCUAUUGGAUAUUUGCUUUGCAGUGGUAGCAAUGAUCACACCACGAAGUUUUGGUGCAGAAAUAGGCCAGGGGAUACUGCAAGGGACAAAUUUAACAUGAAUCAGAAUCAAGGUUAUGGCGAGCACAACACCAAUCUUGGAGGUCGCUUACCUGGCAAUUUCCCAGUUUUCGACCAACCUUCGGGUCCAGGAGGACCUUUUGUACCUGGAUUGACCCGAAACGAAGGGACCAUUCCUGGCGUAGGAGCUGCAAUGCCUUUGUCUCUCGAUUCCCCGCUACAUGGAGAUCAGUCGCACUCUCUGCCACUAUCCAUGACUUUAGGAGCUCCUCCUCUUCCUCCGGGCCCUCAUCCCUCCCUGCUUAACCCCAACCAGCAGCAGCAUAGAUAUCAACAAAACUCUCAACAACAGCAAAUGCCCCCAUUACCUAUGCCACCUCCAAAUAUGCAGCAGCUACAACCUCCACCCCAUCUCCCCCUACUUCCACACCCUCAUCUACCCCGCCCCCCGCAAAUGCCCCCUCAUGGCAUGUCGGGAUCGUUGUCUAAUCCUUCAAUGCCCGGGCCACUCCCGCCUAAUCGAUCGAACCCUAACGUUCUGAAUGUCUCGUGCCAGAUGGUCCCUCCACCAAUGCCACAAGGCCCCUUCAUGGGGAUGAACCCUAUGCACUCGGGUUCCAUGCCCUCGAACGGUAGCCCUCAAGUUGGUGGCUUCCCAAAUGGCAUGGCGAGUAUGCAGGGCCAGUCGAAUGCAACCGGAGGCCAAAUGUAUCCACAAGGCAGUCCGUUUAAUCGACCACAAGGUGGGCAGAUGCCGAUGAUGCCAGGCUACAAUCCGUAUCAGUCUGGCAACCAAUCCGGCGGUAUGCCGCCGCCACUGCCACCUGGUCCGCCGCCACACUCCCAGAACCCUCAGUAGCCAUUCUCGUUGCAUAAUAAUAUGCUUUUGUCCUGUGGAGGAUGAAGCAAAGCGAGCCAGGUCUUGGAGCAAGGUGUCACGUUUGGAUGAACGUGAAUUGAAUUUUGGAAAUUAGUGAAAAUUUGAAUCUAUGGAAUUAGAAUUGUUGGGAUCAUUAUAAUGUCGUUUGUGUUUUGAUAAAUUGAUAAAUCCCACCUCGACGAGAGAUUUGAGAUUAGGAAUUGCGUGCUAGAGAUUCUGGAAUUCUUGAAUUCCAUGAAUUCAAACGUCCUCAUAUGAACUGCUUUGCUUAUCAUUUCCUCUUCAGAGAAACAGGGGGGAAAAACAAUGUGAUCACCACUGACAGAUGUCACUCCCUGGUUUCCUCUGGAUCCCACGUGUCAACUUCACCUUCCACCUGGAGCUCCCACAGUCUCCCUCUGCCACUCCCUUCUGACUUCUGUUUCUUCUUUUACUUCUAUCCAUCCAAAUGCUGAUGUCACCUUUUAUUCCCCCGUUUCUCCCCAUUCAGUAACCAGUCAGCCAUGGCGGAGAAGGAAGAAGAACAACAACAACAAAGCUACUACUACUACCACCUGGAAAUCCCAGAACCAAAUUGGCUCGCAAAACUACUCGAACUCCAAUCGGAAAUCAUCUACAACUGCUUAGUCGCCAUUUUCUCCCCUUUCCUAACUCUGUCCGCCAUUGCCUCCGACUCCUACCGCCGGGCAGAGCUCACAGCCUCCGCCGCCGAAUCAGCCCUCCUCGCCGCCCCUCGCAAGCUCACUCGCACCACCACCGCGAUGAUGACGAAGAUCGGGCUAGGGAUUCUCGGUGCGGUGCAUGUGUGUGUUGUGCUCACCAUGGUAAUGGCGUUGUCUGUGGUUUUGGGAGUUGGCCUGGUGCGAAUGUGGGCAGAGGAGCCUGUUUUCUCGACGCACAAGCUUCUCUUUGAUUACACCAAUCCGAAUCCUAGCGCCAUUGUUCACUUGGGCAACAAGAUGCCCAUUGUGGGUCUAGCCACUACUGUCAUCCCUGUUGGUCAUACUUUUCAUGUCUCCCUCGUGCUUCUCUUGCCGGAAUCCGAUUACAAUCGACACAUUGGCGUCUUUCAGUUGAGUGCCGAGGUUUUGACGGCCGGCGGGGAAGUGACGGCGAGAUCGAGCCGGCCCUGUAUGCUAAAAUUCAGAAGCUUACCAGUGCGUCUGGCUCGAACAUUCAUGAUGGCGAUCCCUUUGCUGUUGGGAAUCUCCGAUGAAACCCAGAAGAUCUCCGUCGAGCUCCUAAAACAAAAGGAAGCUUACUAUCCAAGAACAGGGGCGAUCAAAGUGACAUUGAGUCCCAGAGCAGGGACUUCGUACCUUCCGCAGCUCUACGAGGCCGAAAUGGUGAUCAAAUCCAAACUCCCAUGGUCCAAGGAAGUGAUCCGCCGAUGGAGAUGGACUUUCUACGUGUGGACAUCGCUGUACAUCUACGUUUCAUCGGUCAUCAUUCUCGCCACUUGCUUUCGCCCGCUUCUGUUUCCUGUGCCGACUCUGUUUCUCCGACGCAGAACAGGGGAAGAAGCUGCAGGUGGCAAUGGUGGUGGAGAAUUGGAAGCAGAGGGAGAUGCGACGACGUCGGACAUGGUGAGGAAAUGGCAGGUGCGCCGGAGGAAGAGGAAGGCGUCGAGCUUCUUGUACGGAGAGACUACUACCACAACUACGUCGGUUUCUAGUAUGACUAUGAGCAGUAGAGAUGACGCGAGCAGUAGUGUUGUUGAAGAAGAGAUUGGGGAUUCUGAAUCUGUUUGUUUUAGCGGUUAAAUCAACGCUCUGUUGCUAUUCUGUCUUCCUCUUCCUGUUUUCCGGUGGCUGACCGUUUAUUGGUUUCCCGGUUAACCGGAAACCGGUAUAAAGUGGAAGCAAUUCACCCUAUAUGAAACUUACGGUCUAUAAGGAACGAUCAUUGAGC